UGUCGUGCAGACAGCUGGGUCUCUUUCUCUGUCUCGUCGACCAAGAUAGCAGCACGCCAACAGCACGUGGUCGUAGGCUCGCAAUAUGGACGACGAUGAAGGCUCUCAGCCUUCUUGCACGGCGAAAGAAGACGGGGAUGGACCAGAAGAAGGCCAGCUCGGGUUACCUCGAAGUCAGACCAGGUUGCUUCUGGAGGAGGACCGGCCGAUCACCUCGGGAUCGGAGCACGGACCCCGUCAGGAAGAACAGCAGGCCUCCGCUGACGUCAUCCGGAUCUCGAGGAGUCCGUCCUUGCCGCUCAUGCGGCGGCGCACGGCGUCGGUGUCGAGGAGGCGUCUCCAUUCUUUCGUGGCAAGCUUGGUGUCUGACGUCGAGGAAUACGCUGGGCGGGGAGGGUACGAGUUGUCCCCGGAUGACCGGGAGGACGACGGGUUGGGGUGUGGCACAAUCUUCUCCGACGAAUCGGAGGUGGACGCGUCGGAAAUGGAAGCUCCGCUGCUCGAAGACGCCACCGGAGGGGACUGGAGCUGCGGCGGGGGGGCCGACGAAGAGGAGGAGGGUGUGGGGAUGAGUACCGCGCUGCUGACGGAAGCUACGCCCGGGGACAAUGGAGUUCUUCGUGCGAGGGGACGGCAGAACCAGCCGCCGGGGCCGCAGGAGUUUAUCUUGAGGCGGGCACACUCGUCAUCAGCAGCCCACUACGGAGGAAACUCGGUCGCCAGGACCGUUGUCACCUACUUGAAGGGGAUGGUGGGCUCGUACGUUUUAUACCUGCCGCGGAUGUUUGCCCAGGGAGGGAUGGUCUUCUCAGCCGGCGCGAUAAUCCUCCUCUCCGUGGCUUCCACGUACAACAUGCUCCUGCUGCUGCGCUGUCGCGAGAGGCUGGUUCGGCGAGGCAUCCCGACGGUGUCCUACGGCGAAGUCGCCCUCGCGGCAGUGGGCAGGGUGGGCUACGUUGCAGUGGAUGUGAGCCUUUUUUUGUCCCAGCUGGGCUACUGCGUGGUGUACCUGAUCUUCGUACAGCAGAACAUCGGUCCCAGUUUGAGGGAGGCGUUUCCGUCGCAGCCGGCCUGGCUUACCGGCACGAUGGCGCUCAUGAUUAUUCAGGCGUGCAUACAGAUACCUUUGUCGUGGGUGAGACAGCUCAAGUACCUCGGAGCGGGGAUGCUGAUCGCGAACAUCUGCGUUUUCGGAGGGCUGUUGCUGAUCCUGUUCCAGGUGGUGGACCAGUUAAUUGACACCUUCCCCCCAGAAAACGCCGGCGGAAUUGUCCUCAUCAACACGUCGGAAUGCCUGAUCCUUCUGGGGUCCGUGGUGGGCUGCUUCGAGGGAAUCGGACUGGUCCUCCCAAUUGAGGACGCCAUGGACCUGAAGGUGCGACACCGGCUGCCGGCCGCGCUGUGCUGGACCAUGGUCGGCAUCUCUACUUUUUUCGUCAUCUUCGGAGCGGCCGGGUACCUCACCUACGAGCAAGAGGUGGCCAACUUCAUAACGAUGGAUUUGCCCCAGGACACGGUGGCUGCAACGAUCGUGCGGGUUAUGUACAGCGUGGGCCUCAUCUUGACGUCGCCCCUUCAACUCUUCCCCGCCAUCAAGGUUCUCGAGAGAAUUUUUUGGCCGGUUGCGCCGGGUGGGUCCAAGAAGGACAUGCCGGACCGGACGAGGAAGUGGCUCAAGAACUUGCUUCGCUCGGUGGUGGUGGUCUUCACCGUCCUCGUGGCGCUGGUGGCGGGCAGCCGCUUCGACAGCUUCACCGGCAUCGUGGGAGGCCUGUGCUCGGUGCCUCUAGCCCUCGUCUACCCUAUGCUGUUCCACAUGAGCCUCUUCGGCGAGCUCGACAGCCCCCGAAAGCAGGCGAUGCACUGGGUGUUGUUGGUCGGAGGCGUGUUGUCAGGGGUGGCGUCAACGGUGGUUGCCAUGAUGCUCUAG